AUGGCAUCCGCUCCCAAAGACGCCAAAACCACGAGUGCCAUCGUGCAAAGCGCAACAAUGAGCUCCAAUGAAGGUUCCUCGGAGCUCCUGCACCACCCCUGGACCCGUGCCGCCCUCCCCUUCGUCAAUGGUGGCCUCGCCGGCAUGACCGCCACCGCCGUGAUCCAGCCCGUUGACAUGGUCAAAGUGCGACUCCAGCUCGCCGGCGAAGGCGCACGUACAGGACCCAAGCCCUCGGCUCUCGGCGUCACUCGCAACAUCAUCGCCUCGGGAAAAGUCCUCGACCUCUAUACUGGACUAUCGGCCGGUCUCCUACGUCAGGUCUUCUACACCACCGCCCGUCUGGGCUUCUUCGAGACAUUCAUGAAGAAUCUCAAUGCCAAAGCUAAGGCCAAGGACCAGCAGGUGACAUUCGCACAGCGCGCCGCCGCAGGGCUGACAGCCGGUGGCAUCGCAGCGAUGAUUGGAAACCCGGCCGACUUGGCGCUCAUCCGCAUGCAGUCGGACGGUCUCAAGGCCCCCGAGGCUCGCGCGAACUACCGUGGCGCCUUCGAUGCGCUGGGCAGGAUUGCUCGCGCAGAAGGCGUGGCUGGUCUGUGGGCUGGAGCGACACCGACGGUUGUGCGCGCCAUGGCUCUAAAUAUGGGACAGCUGACUUUCUUCUCUGAGGCGAAGUCGCAGCUUCGGCAGCACACUACUCUGUCUACUACGAGCCAGACUUUUGCUGCUUCCGCGAUUGCGGGUUUCUUUGCUAGUUUCCUUUCGCUGCCUUUCGAUUUCAUCAAGACUCGUCUUCAGAAGCAGCAGAAGGAUGCCUCUGGCAAACUGCCUUAUAAGGGUUUGUUUGAUUGUGCGCGCAAGGUUGCCAAGGAGGAGGGUUGGUUGCGCUUCUACCGGGGCUUCGGCACUUACUACGUGCGGAUCGCUCCUCAUGCCAUGGUGACUCUCAUUGUGGCCGACUAUUUGAAUCUUGUCACCAAGUAA